AUGCCAACCCUGUGGCUUUUCCUUGUGUCUAUGGCUUGGGUUUAUGGAGACACCAAAGUGAGACUAUCCCAAGAUCAACUCUCCUUUAUCCGAAGACCAAAUAGAACUGUGCACAUAAGCUGCAAGCUGUCCGGGAUUCCCCUGGAGAAUGCCAUUGUGCACUGGUAUCAACAAAAAAAAGGGGAGCCCUUGAGACGAAUCCUUUAUGGCUCCACCAAGAACAGCAAGGACAACAAGCUCAAUCCCCGCAUGGAGACAUAUAGGAAGGACGGCACCUUUAACCUGAUAAUCAAUAAUGUCGUCAAGUCCGAUGAAGCCAUCUACUACUGUGCCUGCUGGGAUCCCACUAUGUCACAGAGUCACCAGGGACCUGUAAGAAAACCUUCUCUAUUACUGGUCCUCAGCUGA